UCUCUCGCGCAGCCAUCCAAACCUUCCCGUUCCUCUAGCACACUGCACAGAUGCUCCAGCCAAUUUGACAGUCGGUCUGAUAUCAUCUCUGAGGAACUGAGCGGUUGGAGGACCGGAGAAAAGAAACACCCGGUUUGCGUCCAUAUGAGGAGCCACUGACCGUGGGAACGAUGAUAAUCACGAAUCCUUCCCCGGACAGCAGGACUUAAAACCUGCAGUCCCACUGCUCAACCCUUCCCUUUUAUUUCCACAUUUUAGUAGAGAUACGGACGUAGCGACAUUUUUGUACCAUCUCCCUCGUUGUAGCCUAUUUUAACCCCUGUACAUUGAGCUUGACAGUGUCUUGGGACGAUGUGGAAAACCGGUCUUCUUCUCCUCUUUUGGGGACUAUUAACGUCUGGUGAACUCCAGCAAGAAGAAACGGAACCAGAGCGCCGAAGUCUGCCACCGUCGGGAAAGUUGGAUUUUGGCUAUGUGCCUCAGGGAGUUUACCAAACCCUCGCCUAUUACGAACCUGGAGUAAUAGGGUUACUGUUCCACAUGGUGCACGCUUUCCUAUACGUCGUGCAGCCCAACCCGUUCCCGGAAGAUCUCGUCAUCAAAGUCGCCAAGGAUAAAUUUGGAGCCAUUCAGUCGGAGUAUCAGAAGCCAGAGAACAUUGUUCUGACGCUCCAGGCCAUCUACUAUGAGACAGGUUUCGUGGUGUGUGCUGUGCUCGGCCUGCUCUUCAUGGUCCUGCUGCCCCUGGUCGGCCUCUUCUUCUGCCUGUGCCGCUGCUGCGACAACUGUGGUGGCGAGAUGCACCAGCGCCAGCGGAAGAACGCAGACUGCCAACGGGGCCUGCUCACCACACUGCUCUUCGCCACCUCGCUCGUCAUCACGGCUGGAGUACUGUGUGCGUAUGCAGCUAACCAGAACCUGAGCUCACAGCUCAAAGGCAUGAGGAGAUUGGUCAGUAGCAACCUGAGGGACCUGCAGAGUUUUACCAACGAGACGCCAACGCAAGUUGAUUAUCUAAUAGCACAAUACGCCACUGCCAAGAACAAAGUCAUUUCUGACUUGGAUAAUGUGGGUCCUCUGCUUGGAGGGAAGAUUCAUGAGGAAUUGGGGAAAGAGGUCUGUCCUGCAAUGGACGGAGCGCUCCGUAUGGCUGGUGUCAAAGUGGAGAGGGCCAUUAAAGCCAUGCGGGAGACCAAAGACGCCCUGGAGAACGUGAGUAUGUCUCUGGAGGUUCUCCAGGAGGCGACAGGGAAGCUCCACUUCAACCUGAGCCUGGUGCGCUUCAGCCUCAAUAGAACCCUCAACGACCCGGGCUGCAAUGACGAGGACUCGGACGCCACCACCGCCCAGCUCUGCCUCUCCAUCCGUAGCUCCCUGGCACAGCUCCACGUCAGCGCCAACUUCACCCGGUUACCUGAUAUGAACAAUCAGCUGGAAAGUGUGAAUCAAUUGAUGAAAACGGACCUCGGCAAUAUCAUUCAAAAGGGCUACUCCUCAUUCAAUGACACUCCAGGCAUGGUGAGUGACCAGAUGAGGAACGUAUUCGAGGGAGCCCGGGGCAUGUUGGACAUCAUCGGCACCAACAUCAGCAGCUUCUCCAAGGUGUUCCCUGUACACAGCACUAUGGCCAACUUCACCAACUUCAUUAGUCACACACACUCCAAGAUAGAAGACUCCUACCCCGAGAUCGACCAGAUCGACUUCUACAGGUGGAUUUGCUGUAUUGGCCUGUGCUGCAUGGUGGUUCUCAUCCUUGCUUUCAACUUCCUGGCCAUACUGUGUGGCACCAUAGGCUAUGACAAGCACGCCUCCCCCACCACACGGGGCUGUGUCUCCAACACCGGCGGCACCCUGCUUAUGGCCGGUGUGGGCUUCAGCUUCCUCUUCUCCUGGAUACUGAUGGGAGUGGUGACCGCCACCUUUCUGGUCGGGGGCAACUUGGAGAAGCUGGUCUGCGAGCCCUUCCACACCAAGCAGCUCUUCAAGGUUUUGGACACUCCUCACCUGGUGAAUCCUGAGUGGAGGAACUUCAUCCCAGGGUACAUGUACAACGACUCAGACCUGGAUCUCACAGUGGAGAGUCUCUACAGUAAUUGCAAGGAGAACAGAGGUAUUUACUCUGCCAUGCGCCUGGACAAAGUCUUCAAUGUCACACCCUUCCUAAACUCUAGCCUGUACACCAAGGAGGUGGGGAAGAUGUUUAACGAUGUGAAGAUUGACCUGAGAGUUAUCGUUCUGCUGGAGUCUGAGGGGAAGCAGAACCUCAUUGGCUUCUCUGAGACGGGCGUCGACAGGAUCAACUACGCAGCCUAUCUAGAGGAGGUUAACAAAGGGGUGACUCAGGUGGACUUGCUGUCGUACGCCAAUGAGCUCGAGGCACAGACAGACCUUAUGCCCAAGGGGCCCCUCCAGACCUCUCUAAAGGGCCACGCCAACAGUCUCCGGCAGAUCCACAGUCAGCAGGUCGUCCCUAUGGAGCAGGCCAUGAGUAUGCUGAACCAGAGCAUCAGACUACUGGAGAGGACGGCCUCAGACCUGCCGAACAAAGUCGCCGAUGUACUGGCGACCAUCGAAGCAGCGCAGUAUCUCAUCUCCCAGAAUGCCACACAAGUCGUCAACCAGGAAACGGAAAAGUACAAGCAAACCAUUGUUGGUUAUUUCAGGCAAUACAUAGAGUGGGUCAGGACUUCUCUGACCAUGGAGGUAGCGGCUUGCAAACCCUUCAGCAACAUCGUGGACACAGUGGAGAUCGUAGCCUGCAGCUUCUUGGUUGACUCAUUGAACACAUUCUGGUUUGGCCUAGGCUGCUGUGCCCUAUUCCUCCUUCCUAGCAUCAUCCUGUCAGUAAAACUGGCAAAGUUCUACCGUAGAAUGGACACAGAGGAUGUUUACGAUGACAUUGAGACAAUUCCCAUGAAAACCAUCCUUGCCUAUGACACUAUGACUAGGUUCCCACGGGCUUCCGCUCCCCCCAGGCAUAUUGACUGGUGAGAGAGGCCCAGGCUUUUUGACCGACUCCAGAAAGUGCCAUCGGAAACUGGAACUGAAACACUAGAUUGACACCAUCCAUUUCCCACCCCUUGGACAAGACAAAGCUUCAAAAAGAGGUCCUUACCUGAUGUAUUUUGUGUGUGUUCAGCCGGUCCUCUCUUCCUCUGUCUGCACGGAUCUUUUUACUGACAAGAUCCUAAUGACCAGUCAUAGCCUGUUCUGGAUAUCCGCUGUCCAAUAGGACCCCCCCCCCCCUCGGACACUACAGAAGGUGCUGUCAUCAACCCUUUCUUUGAUCUUCCCCGGGGGGGACUAUAAGGAAGCCAUACAUCUGAGCCAGUGUCGGUCGACCUUCAUCCUUCACCUCUCACACAGCUGUCUAGUGUGUUUACAUUAGUCUGGCCACAAUAUCAGAGCCGAGGCUGAGUUCAAAUUGAGGACACAACGACAAUUACAUGGCUGUGUACUCUCAAAUCUUUUGUACUUCUUUCGCGUUGUCUAAACAGUGAAUGAAAAGAUCCUUUGAAAUGUCAUGUAGAGCUGCUACUAGAGCAUUGCCAUUACUGCUCAUAUUUGAGGGGUCUUUGCGAUGAUGUUUUACUAACUGAUGAGGAGAGCCGUUUGAGACGUAUCACGUGAAACAAACAGGAUUGAGGCCAACUCCAGACGGUUGCCUUUUAGACCUGUUUUACCACAGCAUUUUGACUGGUGUCCACCAUCUUGUUGGAUAUGAGGAAAUACUGUAUCUCAUAUCAGUGUAUAACAGGUAGAAUAUCACAUGAACCUGGACAGAAAUGUCAAGAGACUAAAACAUUCCUUAGUUGAUUAAUUGAUUAACAGUAAAUGCAAAGUAUCCUGUUGCGUAUACUAACACGGUGCGUUAAUAAAGAUAUUUUCCCGGGGCUAUUGUAGUGGUCAAACUUUAAAUUGGAGAACUGCUAUUUGAAGCCAAAUCCUAUUUUUACUGUAGGUCUCAGGUCUUUAGUUGUAUAACAGUUAUGCAUAAUAUAUUGUUUCAGUCUUUUUUGUUGUUGUUAAUCCCACAGUAGCUUUUGGUACCUAUGGAACUAUGGAAGGGGGAAUGUAUUGAAUAGUCAUUUGUAUAUAAGAGAUGUAUUGCUUAAAGUGAUUUAUGACACCCGUGUGGACUAUGCUGAACAACGUUAACAUACUGUAAAAAUGUGCCACCCCCCCCCCCAAUAACAUAGCCCAUCUGUUCUCACUUGUUUACACAUUCCUUCUUCCCUACUGUCUGCCUCACAAAGAUGGGGACAUUAGCCUGCUUAACUACCAUGUGCUGUCAAUCAAAUAGCAUGAAUCCAAUCCAAUAGAGGCUUGUUGACGAGUGGCGCGAGGACAUCUUAUUGGUAUAACUGAUCUUGCCCGUUGAGUCUCGGAAAGAAACGCCACUUCCCAAUCAACCAUUACUACUUAAGUACAUGCCUGCCGACUGCUUACCUUAACAAGCGUAUGAUUAAUCACAUAACACGCUAUUUUACUGAGAUCUAAUGACAGACGUUUUAUAUGCACCAUCUGGUUAGAUAGUGGGUGCAAUGUUUCCUGGUUGUUUUCAGGGUAGAACUGUAAUGGUGGCACUGGAUAGUGUGGGGGGGGGGAGCACUGACGGUGAUCAUUGGAAAUGUGUGUCCUUGUAAUGGGGGGGUUUGUUUUGAAAGUGUAGAAAUGUGAAUCAACUUUCAGUUGCAUUCUUGUACACAAAGCUUUUUGAUUGAUGUUCCCGUUAAGAGGUGUGUCUCAGUGACCGCUGGAGAAACCAGUGGAGAAACCAAUGGAGAAACCAGUGGAGAAACCAGUAGAGAAACCAGUGGAGAAACCAGUGGAGAAACCAAUCGUUACCCAAGUUUUCAAGGGCAAGGGGGGGUCGCUAUUUUGGACACCAGGUCCCUUGUUUUGUGUCAGUUAUUAUCGGCACAUGACCAGGAACAUUUGACAUGAGACAGUGGGCUUACACAUGUGUUAGCUAUUACCUCAAAGCCACAUAGUCUUAUAUAAUGUUGCCGUUGCCGUUGUCGGACAUAGAACAUGCCGUACCCCAUUUUGUACCCGCUGUUUUGGAUACGAGAUUAUUAUAUUUUGCUAUGGGCUAGGACUUGAGGUUUCCACAGUCAUUUGGCACUCACACCCACAUCUGUGCAGCCCAGAGACAUUUUCUGACCUGCACGUGACCACUUCUCCCUCACCCUAAAUGUACAACUGGCUAAAGAAGAAGAUUGAGUAAUGAGUUUAAACUUCAGAGAGAGUGAAGCUGAUUUUAUUUCAAAUCCUAGGUAAUUGUAUUUUGAUUCUUAACCUAAGCUCAUCGUUCCUCAGGCUGUCUGCAGUGAUAUAUUUUGGUUCACCACCUUUGCAGCUCUUUGUACUCCCUGCAAACUCUGUGUAGCCACUAACAUGCACCGGGAGAGAGAGAGGGGAAGAAAUGCCCGGCCCUUCGUUUGGCUUGCGGCCACGGAGUGCAAUUCCUGAUUCUACAAAGCGAAGCGAACCUGCUCCGGAAGUUUACAUUACAGAUCCUGCGUCACUCACAAGGAGCCCUUUCUCCCCCGUUAUGAUUGAUUGCUAGGAAAAUAAAGUUGCAAGAGGCAUGUGCUGCUACCCCCCUUUCUAUCGCACAGACACACACACACUCGCUGUUACAUACUAUUACAUGCCUUUGUCUCGAGUCAGCAACUCUAUUAUGGGUUAUUCUUGUUCUUCUCUGAUUUCUAUCCUCAGGUUUCUCCACACUUCUGUUUCAGAUUUGAUUGUGUUUAUGUUUGGAAGGAAAUUAUAGGCUGUGCUGUAUGGUUGUAAACAUCUAACUUUAAAACAGCCGUGAACCUUGAACUGUUCAACAUGUCCUUAUAGAAUAGCAUUUUAAGACACUUUGUGGUAUUGAGUUGAAAUGUACUUACCACACAUACCAACGGUGUGUAAAACUGAGAAGAAAAUGUAAGUGACAUGGUGAACCAUUACAGAAAUCUUAUGUUGGCAUCCGUGUGCCAAGCUUCUCAAAA